GUCAUAUUUGGACAGUUUUAACAUUUACCCGACUUGCCUGAGAGUGAGCCGUGCAAACAGGACUUUCGGAAACAACAGUAACUCCAGAUCAUCCGCUCGAGGGUCUUGACGUUGAGGGCAAAGCAGGAUUUUUAGAUGCAGAAUGCAGAAGUAACAUUUUUUUCAGUUUGAGUUGAGCUUUGGUGGCAAUGUUUGCCAACUGGUGCUUUAUUCACUGAAGAGGUGUUUCUGAAGAAUUUAGAUUAAAGAGGAAGUAUACGGAGAAUAAAAUGGAGGAGCACAAUGCUGUCAACUUCAUGAGACUGCUUUCAGAGGAGAGCACUAUCUCCACCGCGUCGUCGGACUCUUGUGAGUACUACCAGACAGAGAUAUUUGAUCAGCUGCCCAGCAUCCAGGCCAGCCGGCCCGAGCAGGACAGACAGGCUCUGUGGGGAGCCAGCGAGACCCACCAGGGUGGCCCAGAAGCAGCAGAGAGGAUCGGCCAUGGCUACCUGUCCACCGGACCCAAAGACAAAGCCUUUACACAGCCGCUCAGGAACCUGGUCAUGUGUAUUCAGGGGAAGAGAGGCGCCAGGGAUAGAAGGAAGAUGCAAAUCAGCAAUAUUGGUUUCUGGGAGUCAUGGAGGCGGAGCCAAAGCAUAAACAGGAAGAGGGUUUGGGACCAAAUGGGAGGAGCUCUAUCAGGCCUGUUGCCAUGGCAGCACACGCUCCACGCCAUCGAAGGCAGGUUCGGAGUUGGCGUGAAGGCUUACUUUGUGUUCCUCAGAUACCUGGUUUACUUGAACAUACUUCACUGUGCUCUGGUCGGGGGUUUCAUUCUGGGGCCUACGGCAUUUUAUGGCAGGAGCAACAGCAGUAGGCCUUUGAGGUUUGGAGGCAACGACUCGGUUUUGGAUUUCUUCCUGGGAUCGGGCUACCUGGAUCGUUCUCCGGUCUUCUUCGGGUUUUAUACUCGUGGUUCCCUGAAUUUGCAGUGCUUGAAUACGCCUCUGCUUUACCUCGCUGGAAUGUUCCUCAUCCUCAUCCUCAGCCUCAUCAUGGUGGUCCGUCGAACGACGGUUGGCUACAAGCACACCUGGAUGCUGGGGAAGCGUUACAGUACCAACGUGAGCUACAAGAUCUUUAGUGGUUGGGACUUCACCAUCCAGGACCCUUCUGCUGCCAUUCUCAAACAAAGCUUCAUCAGAAAUGACCUCAAGCUCUUUCUGGAGGAGGAGAGUUUCUCUCUGCGAAAGGCUCGGAGGACAGUUGGACAGGCGGUGCGUCUCUACCUGCUCCGGUUUGUCCUCAACCUGCUGGUUCUGUUACUGCUGGCCGGAGCCUUCUGUCUCAUCAACUAUGCCGCCAAAACAUCCCAGAAGGAGAGUGGGGGCUACUGGCUAUUCAGCCUGGUCCUGCAGUACCUCCCUCCCAUCGCCAUCACCUUUGUCAACCUAGUCCUGCCUCACAUUUUCCGAACGAUCUCUUCGUUUGAGGACUACUCUUUCACCAUGCAGGUCAAUGCCACUCUCGUGAGGAGCGUCUUCUUGAAGCUGGCCUCACUUGGGAUCUACUUAUAUCUCAUCUUCCCAACUACAGAGCCUCAUCAAAAUCCUUUUCGCUGCAGGGAGAACGUGUUUGGUAGAGAGAUGUACAAACUGUGUAUCUUCAACUUCCUUGCCACUUUAUGCAGCACAUUUCUCUUGAACUAUCCCUGGAAGCUGCUGCAGGAGAAGUACCCCUCAUCCUUGCUGGUCCGGCUUUUAGGGAAACAACGAUUCCUGAUCCCUUUCAAAGUGUUGGAUCUGGUGUACAGUCAGACAGUGUCCUGGGUGGGAGUCUAUUACUGCCCCCUACUGCCUCUGAUAGGAACCGUCACUCUGAUGGCCACCUUCUACAUCCAAAAGUUCACUGUUCUGCGGUGCUGUGUGGCAGAGCGGAGGAUGUUUCGAGGUUCCAGCUCCUCUGUGUUAUUCCACUUCAUGUUGCUGGUCGGUCUCAUAAUGGCUGCAAUCACGCUGGGCUUCAACCUUCACCAACAAGAAGCCACACCUGACAAGUCCUCCUGUGGUCCAUUUGGAAAUGGAGCAACUGUGUUUAAUGUGACAGGAGUGUGUAUGAACAGCCUCCCGAGCCCAGCUCAGACCACACUGCGCUACCUGACCUCUGAGGCCUUCGCCCUGCCACUCUUACUCGCUGAGAUUAUAAUCUUAACCUCGUAUGUGUCACGGGGACAAGCCAAUCAGAAGGCCAUCGAGAGACUGAAAGACAUGCUGGUUAUGAGCAGCUCAGAUAAGCGUUUCCUGGUUAAACAGCAUGCCACCGUGCUCAGACGUCAGAGAAAGCCCCAAAGAGGGUGUCCCACCGCCAUCGAAGAGGACCCCGCCCCCGAGACCUCCCCCCCCACACACACACUCUUUACGCAUACUACCUGAUUAAAGUCCCCAAGCUGACAAGCUCUCCCAUCCACACAAUUAAAUAUAGUAUUAAGCUUGGAUAUUAAAUCAGUCUUUUUGUCAACAACAGAUGGGCGCAGGCCUCCGGGUGGCUGAAACUAGUCAGAAGGACGGUUUCAGUUACACAAUAUGCAAAGAUGAGAAAAGCACUUCACCACGUCUUUUCCUAACAUUCAGAGCAUGUAUUCUAACUUCUGCUGUAAGUUUGUUGAUAAUAAAAGAUCUUUUCAUUAUGUUUAGGGCCUUGUGUGAACGCCAAACAGUGAUAUGCAAAAAUGAGGAUUUCAUUAAGAUGUUAUAUUACGGUCAUAGUAGAUUUUUUUUAAAUAAAUGUACCUUUACCUGAACUGAGUUAUUUAAAAAUGUGUGGCUCAUUAAAACUUUGUCCGGUGUGCAUUUUCGAGCUUUUUUGUCUUGCUUACAUUCAAGCCAGACAUUCCGUCUAAAAUGUUAUCUGUUUGUAACACAUGUGUAACACCCCUCGUUGUAACACAAUCGUAAGGUCCCACACCCACACAAACACACACAAGUACAUGGGUAUAUUGAACCAAGCUUUGGAGAAACCAUGUCAAAGAUAAAUGUGGAGCACUGUUAUGAAGAAUCAACAAACUUUAAAUAUACUGCCAAUUUUGGCUCUGGCGAGUGUCUUCAUCAGGAUAAGUACGUUAGAAGUGGAGCUUAGUAAGAUCUGGUGCUACCCUGACUAACUGAUCUUAAGUUGGUUCAGAACUUCCCAUAUUAAAUUUCAAAACCUAAAAUCCCCAAAUAAGUGGCUGCACCUGCUCUUACUCACUUUAAAACUUGUUAUGGUUGAAUUUCCGGGCUCUACCCUCCAUGUCUGU